AUGGUUACCGGUGUGGCGUGGGAUUACUCGGACGAGGAGUGUAGAACCUUCAAUUGCAAUGCAUGUCUCGCUUCCAAAGCGCAUGCCCUCCCAUUCGCUCGCUCCAAGUCGAUUGCCUCGCAGCGCCUCGGCCUGAUCCAUGUCGACCUUGCCCAAAUGCCACACGUUAGCUUCGGUGGUCAUCGCUACAUGCUUGUGAUCGUCGACGACCACACCCGAAAGCACUGGUGCAUCCUCCUUGCCCGCAAGAGCGACACCUUCCCGCGCCUUCGCAAUUGGAUUCUUGAGGUUGAGCGAGCGACCGGCGACAGCGUCAAGACCAUUCGCUCCGACAACGGCGGCGAAUUCACGCUGCGCAGUUUCGUCGAUUUCUGCUGCAGCAAGGGCAUUCGUCGAGAACUCACGAUACCCUACACGCCACAGCAAAACGGACGGGUUGAGCGCCCCAACCGCACCAUCAAGGAGGGCAUCCUUGCCCUUGCCUACUCGGCCGGUGUCGACUCGCGACUCUGGGGUGAAGCGGCCAUGUACUUUGUCCGAUGCAAGAACAUGACACCCCAUGCCGGCGUCAGUGGCGAAAUCCCCGACGCUCGUUGGUAUGGUUACGCACCAGAUGUUUCCUCUCUUCGCACCUUUGGCUGCCGUGCCUGGCAUUGCCUUCCUUCGGCGUCCCGCUCUGCUCUCGACCCUAAGGCCAUGCCUCUCAUCUUCGUUGGCCUCGACGACCAUUCAAAGGCUUACCGCCUGUUCAAUCCGGCGACUCGCAAGGUGCUCCUCAGCCGGAACGUCCUUUUCCAUGAAUCCGAGUUCCCCGCCUCGACACAAAUUCACGCCUCGUUCUCUCCGGCCAAUCCUCUCCCGGAUGUUGUUGCGUUACGCCCUGACCAGGCUGACCUCCCCCAGCCACUGCUCGCUGUCCCCCCCCCCCCGCUCCCCUGCGCCUCGCGCUGAGCAGCUUACCCCCGCGCCUGAUGCCUCUGACCAAGGCUCGCCGGCCCUUGCUCGUAAUGUCCCUGACCAGGAAUUGCCCGCACCCUUCGCCUCUGACCAAGGCAGCGCCCCUGACCAGGGCAGCCCCGACUCGGCACUUUCUACGCCUUGUCCCUCUCCUCGACUCCGGCCCAGCUCCUACGAUUUCUCCGCCCUGUGCCUUGCCCCGGAGUUCUCUGAUGAUGUCGAUGACGCCCUUCACUCGCCUGCGCCUGUGUGCUACCUUGCGGACGCUGCUGCCGCCCUCCUCGAUACUUCUUCCGUCGACCCCGCGGAGCUCGUUGCGCCUGUGCGCGACCCUCCCCACUGGCGUGCUGCCAUGGCCUCGCCCCAGGCGGACGAGUGGCGUCUUGCGGCUCGUGAUGAAUUUGACUCACUCUCUCGCGAUUUCUCCGCUUUCACGCCCAUCGACCAAUGACUUGUCCCCGACGACGCCAAAAUCAUUGGCUCUCGCUUCGUCUUUCGCACCAAACGCGACCAGUUCGAGAAGAUCAAGUCUUACAAAGGCCGCCUUGUCGCCCGCCGCGAUUCCCAGCGAUCUGGUAUCGAUUUCGACGAGACUUUUGCGCCCGUUGCCAAGUUCACUUCGAUCCGUGCUCUGCUGGCCCUGUCUGCUGCCCGAGGCUAUCACGUUCACCAGGCCGACAUCGACAAAGCGUACCUUCAUGGAAAGCUCGACAAGCCUUUGUACAUGCGUGUCCCCGAGGGCAUUGCCCUGCCCGGUAAAGUUCUCCAAUUGCACCGUUCCCUCUACGGCUUACGCCAGGCUGGUCGCAUCUGGAACGACGAAAUUGACUCUACCCUCCUUGGGUUGGGUUACGUCGCCACUGAGUCCGACCAUUGCGUCUACAUCAAAACCGUUGGGGACGUGCACCACUACAUCGCGCUUUACGUCGACGACCUCCUCAUGAUUGGCCCCUCCCUACCCGAAAUUGAGCGUACCCUCCAGGGCCUUGAACGAUGUUACGGUGUCAAGCGCCUUGGUGAAGCGGAAUACGUCCUUGGCAUCCAGAUCCGGCGUUCCUCCGACGGCUCGAUCACGCUAAGCCAGGAGCAGUACCUCAAGGACAUCCUCGCUCGUUUUGGCAUGUCGAACGCCCACCCGGUUGCCACCCCGAUGAAAUCCGACCUCCACCUUGAGAUUGAGAUCAACCCUGCCCCGUUUGCGGACCGCACCCGCUAUCUUCAGGCCAUUGGCUCGCUCAUGUACGCAUCCACUGGCACUCGCCCCGAUCUGGCCUAUGCUGUCGGUUACUUGGCUCGAUUCUCCCAGUCUCCAUCCGAAGCUGCCUGGGGUGCUGUCAAGCACGCUUUCCGUUACCUCGCUGGAACGCUCUCGCACGGCCUGCGCUAUUCCCGCGGCGACCCUGCUCCCGUGAUUGGCUACUCUGAUUGCAACUGGGGUGCCUGUGUGCUCUCCUCCAAGUCGACCAUGGGCUACGCGUUCCUCUAUGCCGGUGGCGCCAUCUCGUGGUCCUCGCGCCUCCAGUCUCGCGUGGCAGACUCCACUUGCGACGCCGAAUACCUGGCUCUCUCGCAUGCCGGCAAGGAAGCCAUUUUCCUGCGUCAACUGUUUGGUGAGCUGGGUCUCCCCUCUUCUGCUCCGACUCUAGUACUUGGCGACAAUCAAGGCGCCAACACCCUCACUAAGAACCCGGUUUUCCACGCCCGCACCCGCCACAUCCGACUUCGUGAGCACUUUGUUCGCGACAUGGUCGCCCUUGGUGAUAUCGCGGUCCAGUACAUCAACACGGCCGACAUGACCGCCGACAUCUUCACCAAGGCUCUAGCCCGCGACCUCUUUGCGCGUCACCGCGGCCGCCUUGGCAUCUGUCCUCCCUGA